GUGGGAGGGAAUUCAAAGUGUAUGGGUCAGAUGCACGUACAUGCCAUCGAGUUUUGCAAGACCUAUACUUCUAUCAGGUGACCCCGUCCCGCGAGUACGUGUGAUCAACCGGCCCCGCCAACCCGUGGAUCAUGGAAGUGUCACAAAUGAAUCUACCAAAAUGAUAUAAUAUGUGGCAACGACAACAGAAUGAAACCAUCUGUCAUUUAUCAGUCAAGUGUCAGUGUCACGCGAAAGUCAAAUGAAACGUGUGUUGCUGUUGCUGAGCGUGAUCAAAACAUUAAUUUCUUCACGGAAUUCUUCACUUUAUCGGAAAUUAUAGAAAUGCAAUUACAUCAGAUUGUGCCAGUAUAAACGAUUGUUUAAAUUAAGAGAUUGUGCUGACCUAACUUGCAAUAUGACUAGUCGCAAUUGGGGUUUCUGUGACUUAUUUAUAAACAAGAAUUAUGAACUCGAGAAAUUGCAUCUCCUUGAACAGCUUGGAUUUAAUACGGUAGCCAUAAAUACGCACGUUGAAGAACCUUCGGACGAACCCAAAAAGAAGAAAAAGAAAGGAGAACCAAGAGAUAAAAAAGAUUACGUGCCUCCAGCAAUAGAUUUGCCAAAAGAUUUAUCUGAUGAAAUAAAACUUAAUAUUUUGCAAAGGGUUACAAUAGAAUUCUCAGAUUCUAGUAUAGCUCACAAAAUAAACCAAUCAGAGAAUUUAAAGAAGUAUGACAUUAUUGCAGUAAUACCCAAAACUUUACAAGCAUUUCACUAUGCUUGUGGAAAUAUGGAUAUAGACAUAAUAUCAUUUGAGCCGGAAAGUAAGAUACCUUUCAAAAUCAGUCGUAAGCUAUAUUCACAAGCUGUGGAGAGAGGUAUAUUCUUUGAGUUGAUGUAUUCCCCAGCUAUCAGAGAUUCUACCUCUAGGAAGAACAUUAUCAGCACUGCUCACACAUACCAUGCGGUUGGUAAAUCUAGAAACAUAAUCGUCACUAGUGGUGCUGAAAGCUACAUGCAAGUCAGAGAUGUGCAUGAUGUCAUUAAUUUGGGUUUUAUACUUGGCCUGAACAGUAAUGAGAGUCUUGAAGUGGUCAGGAAUAAUCCCAGGAGACUAAUUUUGAAGGCAGAAGGAAGAAAACUGGGGAAACACUACAUGCUUGUUGAACCGUUCACUGAAACGGACAAUAAAAUGUCUGAAGAUUAUAUUGCAUUAUUUAUUGACCUUAAAUAGACAGACCCUGAUAUAAAGCUAACAAUAUCUGUAUAUAAUAAGAAUACUUUGUGCUUAAUAUCAAUACUUAAAUAUUUUUACAGAUCACAGGGGUUUUAUAUUAUCAUGAGAAUGCAUAGCAAAAGAUUGUAACACAAAGUAUUGAUAUACUUGUUUUAGGAUGAGUUACCUAACCAAAAAAAAACCAUUGACAUCCUUGGAAGACCUAUUGAUGGUGUAUCAAAUAUUUUGAUCUGGUAGUCUUUGUUUGAAUGGUUUAAAAUUAUACAAACAAAUACAUAACAAAAUCUUGAGAAGGUUAGUUUCCACAUCAUACUGUGGUGUUAACUUAAGUAAUAAUAUCACCUUUGCUUUGGCAUCAAUACAUAUUGAAAUUUUA